UUCGGCAGCAGUAAGUUGGACGUUAACAGCGAACAUAAGCGCUAUUCUCCCUCAUUAUGACCCUUUUCUUCGUGACUACGCAUGGGCUGUGGUUUUUAACCGCUGCGGAAGUAGGAUGACAUGUUGUUGGGACGCUGACUCAGUCACAUGGUGUUUGGAUGGUCAGUCGUUAAAGCCACAUCUCAGUGUGUGUACAGCAUAGAGUGUUAACCAGGAGUCUGCUGUCAGUGUGUGACCACAGCUUCACCGCGACCUGCUGACUCAGGGGGAUCCGCAUCUCAGGAUGCCUCAUAAGAGCAAAAAAGAAAAGGAGUCCUCCAAAUCAGGGAGAUCUAAAAAGUCUGGAAGUAAAAAUGGGCCUGCAGAAGACCAAGAUGGCUCCAAUAAGAAAGUGCCUCCCGCAACUCACCUGAUGAGGGUGAAGCAGCCGGGGUCACACUCGGCUGUGAAGAAGGAGAAAAGGUUCAGCACUUCCUCUUUCCCCCUCAGUGCUAACAGAGAGCUACACAAGCUAUCUGCACUGGCAGAUGUGGCCCCCGCAGAGCAGGAGAAGCUCUUCAUCCAGAAGCUACGGCAGUGCUGUGUUCUUUUCGACUUCCUGUCGGACCCACUGAGCGACCUGAAAUGGAAGGAGGUUAAGCGGGCGGCGCUCAGUGAGAUGGUGGAGUACAUCACCCACAACAGGAAUGUCAUCACAGAGCCUAUCUACCCGGAGGUGGUGCACAUGUUUGCUGUGAAUAUGUUCAGGACAUUGCCUCCAUCGUCCAACCCCACAGGAGCAGAGUUUGAUCCAGAGGAAGAUGAGCCAACACUUGAAGCUGCAUGGCCACACCUCCAGCUCGUCUAUGAAUUUUUUCUUAGGUUUUUAGAAUCACCUGAUUUUCAGCCCAACAUAGCGAAGAAAUACAUCGACCAGAAAUUUGUGAUGCAGCUCCUAGAACUAUUCGACAGUGAGGAUCCCAGAGAGAGAGACUUCCUAAAAACUACCCUGCACAGGAUCUAUGGAAAGUUCCUGGGGCUCAGAGCGUACAUCAGAAAACAGAUUAAUAACAUUUUCUAUAGGUUUAUCUAUGAGACAGAGCACCAUAAUGGUAUAGCUGAACUACUGGAAAUACUUGGAAGCAUUAUCAAUGGAUUUGCCUUACCACUAAAAGAAGAGCACAAGAUUUUCCUGUUGAAGGUUUUAUUGCCUCUGCACAAAGUCAAAUCACUCAGUGUCUACCAUCCACAGCUGGCCUACUGCGUGGUGCAGUUUUUAGAAAAGGACAGCACUCUAACUGAGCCGGUGGUGAUGGCUCUACUAAAGUACUGGCCAAAGACUCACAGUCCUAAGGAGGUGAUGUUCCUGAACGAGCUGGAGGAGAUCCUGGACGUCAUCGAGCCUUCUGAGUUUGUUAAAGUACAGGAGCCUCUUUUCAGACAGCUUGCCAAGUGUGUGUCCAGCCCGCACUUCCAGGUGGCAGAGAGAGCUCUGUACUACUGGAACAACGAGUACAUCAUGAGUCUGAUUAGCGACAAUGCAGCAAAGAUUCUGCCCAUCAUGUUCCCUGCUCUGUAUCGCAACUCAAAGACCCACUGGAACAAGACCAUCCACGGCCUCAUCUACAACGCUCUGAAGCUCUUCAUGGAGAUGAACCAGAAGCUUUUUGAUGAUUGCACACAGCAGUUCAGGGCAGAGAAAAACAAAGAGAAGGCAAAGUCAAAAGAACGCGAGGAGGCUUGGGUUAAGAUCGAGAACCUGGCCAAGUCAAAUCCACAGUUCACUAUGUAUGUUGAUUCCUCUGACCUCAAUAGUCCUGUAGCAAUGGAGACGGAUAUCCCUUUGAUAGAAGAUGUUCAGAGGUUAAAAAAGACAGUUGAGGAGGGUGCGACUCAGUUGCAGCAUGACCAUCGGAAAGAGCGGCCUAUGGUGCGACGCAAAUCUGAGUUGCCUCAGGAUAUCUACACCACAAAAGCCUUGGAGUCCCACCGCAGAGCUGACGACAUGUUGACCACCCACGAUGGACUCUAGUUAUUCUGCUACCUGCCGGCUCUUUGGUUCAACUGCCCCUUCUACCCUCAACAGCCAUGGACAUCCUCUACGCCCAGGUGCCAGAACUACACUGGCUAACAUUGUUGGGCUCUCCAUCACUCCCACUCAACAUCAAUUUACCCACAAUCCUAAGUUUUCCUUCAUUCCUACUGCCAUAGUGCAGACACCCUGAAUCCCCCAUCCUUCAGAUUUCUGCUUUCUCAGGUUUUUUUCUUUAUUUGGAGAGGUUCAGGGUGUGUUUGUCUUUUAGCCCUUGUCGCGUUCAGUGUGUUACCCCCCCUUUCAGUUCCUUUAACCCCCAUUUCUCCCUCCACCAGCCCUGCUCACUGCGCUCACUGUAAAUGUGGAACCUGGGAGUACAGCCGCCACAACGCUGGUUCCUUCAUUCCUUCUUGCAAGAGUGUUCACAACGCAUUGAACAUGGAAACAUAGGAACUGACUGACUCACUGUCUAAGGAUCAUCUCUUGGUCUCUGCUUGGUUUUCUUUUUAAUCAAAGGGAACAAAACCAGAACCGGUUGGUGAAAGAUGAAAGACAAGACUUUCCUGUCAUCUGUCUACAUUUUCUUUAUUGUUUUCGCUCAAUCUAACAGACAUCUUGUCAGUGCCAAGACCAUUGUGUUCUUUAUGGUUUUUUUUGUUUUUGUUAUGUGUGACUUUAACAGGGACACCUGCCUUUGUUUUUGACUGGUGUUUUAAAGUUUAUUUUUGGGUUUAGAGCACACCAGACCAAACUGAGGCCUGUCCUCAGCCUUGCAAUGUCCAGGAGAGAUGGCGAGGAAAGGAGAAGUUGUCCUGUGGACAUUGGACACUUUCUGUUUUAUUGUUUUGUGCCAUAUGACGCUUUUUUAUAUGCUUGCUUCCCUAUUUUCAUUUGCAAGAUUUGAUAAACAGACCAUAGUGAUGCGUAGAGUUCAAACAAUGGUACUUACUGUUUUUAUAGUUUAACAUGGUAUGAUGAACCUGUAUGAAAGCUGCAUGGAUUGAAGUAGUCAUAUCUGAUGGUUGGGUGGAGCCUCAGUUGCACAAAUGAGCUGAAUUAAAAAAAGAGGAACGGCUGAGUGGCUGGUUUUUUAUAUAUAUAUAUAUAUAUACACAUAUAUUGUGAAAUGAAUAGGAAUGAUUAUCUUUAUUAAGAAAAUAUAAUCAGGAAUUAGUUCAUGUUGAAUAGGAUAGGAAGGAGCGUUUUUAUAACUGAAAACGCCACUGAUUGACGGGUUUUAGCAACUAUCUUAAAAUCACGUAAUGAAAAAAAACUAGAAAUUAAUUUAUUAUCAAACACAAGAGCUGGUAACCUCAGUAGUUUUUAACAUACUGACAGAUGACAUAUGAUUAAUAAGCAAAGUACAUUGAUGAAAGCUACCAAAAAAUCCUUUAAGUUAAAGGUUGGCAUGUAUCUGUCGCUACCAUUCCUUCUUUCAGGUAUUUGGUUGCGGGAUGUGUAAAUUGUAUCCUCCUAAGGAAGUUGUUAAUUUUGGAAAAUAUCUUUCAGUCAGUACCAUUGUUUAAACUAAGGAGGUCUGCUAGAUUCUUCAUAUUUGAUGUGUUGUAUUUCUUUGUCUUGUCUCUGGAGGUUCAUCGCGUGGCUGUCAGGUUUUGGAUUUUUGAUUUCUGGCUUUUCAGGAUGUCCAACGUUGAAACACACUGGUAUCAAAUGGCCACAAAAAUGCCAGAUGCUGAAAACAAAUAAAUAAAAGACAUUGUGACUUGGCUUGUUAACUGUAUUAAUACUGUAUUUGCUUGAAUGCAAAAAGAUGUAAAUUUAAACUACCAUGUUAAACAUGUACCUUUUACCCUGGAGGAAUGCCAUUCACCAAACUGACUGAUUUCUGUUGUCAAGGUCGUUGCAUUUAUGAAACAGUCCUGCUUGCUGGGAGAGAUGUUUUAUGGAUUUUUUUUUUAGUUUGAGUCGAGAUGUUUGAGGUUUAUUUUAGUGCUGAAAACAAGUCAUCUGUGAUAAGAAGAGAUGAUUUAAAAAUGAUUGGUGGCUUGUUUUUUUCUGCAAAAUCUUUGCAGAUCUUUAAUUUUAACAUAUUAUUUCCAAAACAUGAUAACUUAAAGUGUCCUUUUGUAUGUGACCUGUACUAUAUGAUUCAUUUAAUAUUGUAUAUAUGAUUUACCUUGUUUCAUGUAGUGUUAUAUAUCUAGAUUAAUUUUGUACAAAUUGUCCCUCUGUACAGAAUAAAAACAUGAAUAGCAAGUGAAAGAAGUCAAGCUGGCACAUACCGUCUUAUUUCUCCUGUUUUGAUGUACUUUCAGCGACACGAGGAUUUAGAAAAUGUUCUUAUUUUUAUGAUCAAAACCUGCAAAGUUUCCUCCCUCCUCUAUAUCACUGACAAAUGUUCAUGCCCGUUGUGUGCUCCUAUCACUGUCUUUAGUGGUGUACAACUAUAUAGAAUGAAUAAAGAGAUUAUUUGAAUAUA